AUGACUUCAGACCUGACCAACGCAGAUGCGACGGAGCUGGCAGAAUGGAUUCGCAACGGCAAAGCGUCUGCAGUCGAGGUGAUCGAGGCCCAUCUUUCUAGAAUUGCAGCUCUGAACGAAAAGCUGAACGCCAUUGUCACGACCAACGACUCCGCGCUCGAGGCAGCAAAGGCUGCUGACCAAGCCGUUCGAGACAAGACAGCACUUGGUCCUCUUCACGGCGUUCCAUUCACAGGCAAAGAUUCCAUCGACACCGCUAGCGUCCCUACGCAGCGUGGCUCGCCAAUCUUUCGUGGCCGAAUCCCAAGUGUAGAUGCAGCCAGUGUGGCACGCAUGAAGGCGGCAGGCGCAAUCCUCCUAGCCAAAACGAAUAUUCCAGAGUUCUCGUACUCCACCGAGAGUGAGAAUCUCCUUUCUGGCCGAACCAAUAACCCGUGGAAUCUGGAGAGAACGCCCGGAGGAUCGAGCGGUGGUGAAUCGGCGGCCAUUGCAGCUGGGCUUUCUCCCAUAGGUCUCGGCACUGAUCUUGCCAUCUCGGUUCGUGGGCCUGCCGCGCAGACGGGCAUCGUCUCAUUGAAGGCCACUCAUGGAAGGGUACCGAUGACGGGGAUCUGGCCACGAGAGCCGCGCCGCUUUUGGCACGUUGGCCCGAUGGCGCGCAGCGUCAGAGAUCUCAAACUUGCUCUUUCAGUCCUGACAGGACCGGAUGGGAAAGAUUCGCUGUCGUCAAGGGUGCCAGUCCUCGAAACUGCACCUCCGCAGAAGCAGCUUAGAGUUGGGUGGCUUGUACGUCCUGGAUUUGGUCCGAUUCAACCACAAGUCGGAGACACAGUGGAGGCUGGGGUAAGAGCACUCGAACAAGCCGGUUGCGUUGUUCAGCAGGUCACCAUUCCUGCCCUCGAGCGUGAUCCUCCGCUGGACGUCUUUCUCAAAUUGCAUGUCAACGAAAUGAAGCCGGUGUUUGAACAGACCACCCGGGGACAGCCUGAUGAGCACAUCGGGCCUAUCGCUCGCUUCAUGCUGGACACCCCGGAGACAUCCAUCGAAGACUGCGUCCAAGCAGAGCAGGCAGCUCAACGUCUGAGUGAUGCGUUUGCGGAGUUCUUUCAAGAGUAUGACGCUCUUCUCUGUCCUGUGCUACCACUUCCGGCACAUGAGCACCGACUGACGUCGGUCAAGGUUGAGGGAGAGGAUAUCGAUGGGAUAAAGAUCAUGGCAGCGACGGUUCCAUUCAACGUGACUGGCCUGCCGGCGAUAUCACUUCCUUUCGGCUUGAGCGAUGAAGGUCUCCCUAUUGGGCUCCAAAUCGUAGGUGCUUGGAAUGCUGAAGCGACAAUUUUGGAUCUUGCCUUAAAGCUGGAAAGUCAGUCUCCAAUCCAGGGCAUGCGUCCUAAGAUCUAA